GGAGCGCUCCCUGCACCUUGGAGAGGUUUUGACUUACCGAAGACUCUGGUUUCCGCCCCGCCGCCGACGCCCAUAAAUAUCAAGGGUUCUCUCGCUAGGACCUGCCGACCCCAAACGUCGUUCGACGAAUUCACCCUCGUCCCAAUGAACCAAACAUCCCACUGAGGAUGAAAAUUUUCCUCCGAAUCCGAAACUUCAUCUCUUCUCGCCUUCGCCGCCGCCAUUCUCUCCACAUAGUCCGACAUCCCAUGGAUCAACUCCCAAACGAAAUCCUGGCGUAUAUCUUUGCGCUUAUCAUUCUCGACCCCUCGGAGAAUCCCGCCUUCGUCUCAAAGCUGGGGCAAGUAUGCUCACGAUGGAGGGCUCUCGUAGUAUCCACUGCAAGUCUUUGGAGCAGAAUCGUCCUCGCCUACCCCAUGAACAAUCCACAACUAGUUUAUGCAGCCAUCGCCCUUGAACGCUCCGCCGCUCACCCAUUGGACAUCCUCCUUGACUGUCGGGACCCAGAGUGGGACUGGGAGGAAGAGACCCACAAUUUCCAAGGGACCCACAUGCAAUCAAUCCUUCCACUCAUCCUUCCUCACUCAUCCCGUUGGAAAAAGAUUGAAGUCCUCAGCGACACAUGGGCUCCAGUCCAUGCUUUUCUGCAGGCGACGCAAGAAACUCCUCUACCCAUUCUGGAAUCAGCAUCGCUAUCUCGCUGUAACGCCUACUUUGCAGCACCGGGGGAGACCUUCCAACCGGAAUCGAUGCGCUCGCCAAUAGCCCUAUUUGGGGGCCGAUCCCUCCAAAGCCUUCGCGACGUAUCUCUAGUUGGCGUACACGUCGACUGGGACAAGUCAGCACUGGUGCACCUCCGCCGACUUGAAUUCAAGUAUCAUUCCAGAGACGUCAUGCCCACCAUCCACCAAUUUCUUCGCAUACUCGGACAAUGUCCCGAUCUCCUCGAACUUUCUAUCGUAGGGUGGGGACCGAUAUUGGAUCCCAAAUCAACCGCGGUCACAGCGAUCGAACUUCCAUCUCUUCAAAAGCUAUCCUUCGGUUUUAUCGACAUGUCUUACUCGACCGCCCUUCUUUCCCUUUUCCAGCUUCCGUCCCUACGCAAGUUAUCGCUCGAGGACGUCUUACGAGUCGUCACUCCGCUAGAGGACACCGACACCUCUGGCUUUUUGCAGUGGCUCUACACCUUCCAGCCCACACAACGCGCUAGCUUUGCUGGAACGCUUCAAAUGAGCAGUUCCAUCCCACUACAAGGCGUCCAGGAACUCCGACUUCAGUCCAUUCGAUCGGAUACGUUGACGUUCACCCGGUUUUUUCAAUGUUUUCCAAGACUUCAAAUUCUUUCGUGUCACGACGUUCCAGACAAUGCUCUCGUGGCACUUUCCUCGACCAUCCAAACCGCAGGCCGCCAAUCCAAUAUACCUCACCUUUGUCCCUCGUUAUCGGAGCUGCAUUUCCAGGAUGCAGAUCCCAGUCUCUUGAUGGACUUGGUCGCUGCGCGAACCGCUUGCGAAGGCGUUACACCACUUCGCAAGGUUACGCUGGAAUACGUUCGCGUUCCUCGCCCAUCACCUGAUUCUCCCACUUUUGCACACCUGGAAAGGUCGGGAAUCAGCUGCGUUGGAGGAACGCCAAGUGGCAGCGAGACUUCAGACUCUGAAUGA